CUUCUACCUUCCAAAGGGAACAAAACUAGGCUAGUUCCAUUCUCUUCAUAACUUGGGAACGAAGAAAGGCACCGCCUUUACCACCACCCUGCUAGACCUUUCUCAUGUAUUCUCAGUUUUUCCCUUGCUUGUAGAGGAAAGAAUGUGAAAACACCAGCAAAAUUUGGCUGCUGCUGAAGGUUUUGUUUCCAUGUUUGUUAUCUCUUCUGCAGUUGAAUCUCAUCAGGGGUUGAAGCUUGAUCAGAAGUGAAAAAGAACAAAGAAACGCUAUUGUGGGUCUGUUCUAAGAGGAUCUCUCAGUGGCCAGUGCCAUUGGGGUUCUUCAAAGAGCUGAAAAAGAAUAAGCAAAUGACACUUGUGCAGAAGAGGUGAAAGGGGGAAUAUGGGAUGCUCAACAUCGAAGCUGGACGAUGAGGAAGCAGUACAGCUAUGUAAAGAUCGGAAAAAGUUCAUCAAGCAAGCGGUAGAGCAGAGAACAAGGUUCGCGUCCAGCCACUUGGCUUAUGUUCAGUCAUUGAAAAGGGUAUCUGCUGCCGUCCAUGACUAUGUAGAAUCCGGUGAGCCUCAGGAUUUGUUUCUGGACUCCUUCAUAGCUCCACCACAGUUCACCACUCCAUCGAAGAAAGGCAGUAGAAGCCCGCAGUUUAUCUCGAGCUCACAUAAAUCGUUCGCACCAGCACUUCCACAGUCUAGAACUAGGCCGACUGUGACAGUCAACUACCUAAGAUCAGGUGGGAACCAGACAGUGUUGGUCGAGGAGAGACCGCCUCAGUCACCACAAACGUACCAUGUGGAUGCUUAUCCACCAAGCUACCUAAGAUCAGGUGGGAACCAGCCAGUGUUUGUCGAGGAGAGACCACCUCAGUCACCACAAACGUACCAUAUGGAUGCUUAUCCACCAAUGAUGGAUUAUUAUCAGGGUGAUAAUUUUUUUGCACCACAACAACCUUCUUCUUCAUUCUUCUCUUACUCUCCCUCCAAUGAUAGAGCCUACAUUCCUCCACCUUCACCUCAGACAUCUCAGUGGGAUGGCUUCUGGGAUCCUUUCUCUUCAUUGGAUUACUAUGGCUACCCGGUUCGUAGCAGCAUUGAUCACCACAUGGGUGGAGAUGAUGAGAUUAGAGGGUUGAGACGGGUUAGAGAGGAAGAAGGUAUUCCUGACUUGGAAGAUGAAACUGAGCAUGAAGUUGAUGAAAGGAGAGAACAACAACGACAUCAACAACGACAACAACAAGCUCCUCGACAACAACAACAACAAGCUCCUCCUCGUCCUCCUCCGGUAAAGCACAAUGAGUACCCCAAGGAAGAAGUACUAGUUGAAGAUGUUGAUGAAGAUGAUGAUGAUGAUGAUGAUGACGACGACGAUGAUGAUAUAUGCUUUGAAGGUGACUGCAAAGACGAGAUCAUGAUGAAGGGUUCUUCUCAGCAGCGGCCACAAACUAGUUCUACAAGGAUUGAGGUGUCUCGAAACCAGAAUUCGAGACAAGUCCAGCCACGUAAUCGACAAGCUGUGGCUGUUGGUAGUGGUAGUAAAGAAGCUGAGAAACAAGGUUUUACAGCCUAUGUUAACAGAAGACCAACAAGCAUGGCAGAAGUUGUCAAGGAUCUGGAAGAUCAGUUUGGAAGGAUCUGUGAUUCAGCUAAAGUGGUUUCUGGUUUGUUAGAGUCUAGCAGAGCUCAGUAUUCAAUAUCAUCCACCUCAAAUGAUCUCGCAGCAUUGAAAAUGCUGAAUCCAGUCGCGCUAAUCCGAUCAGCUUCGUUUCGUUCAUCGUCAUCGAGAUUCCUGGCCAGCUCUUCUUCCUUCAGAGAUGAACCCGAGGAUAGCUGCAGUAGUGACGUCUCAGAUGAUAACUGCGCGAUCUUUGGUGGCCACCAGUCGACAUUGGACAGAUUGUACGCCUGGGAGAAGAAGCUGUUCGACGAAGUCAAGUCAGGAGAGAAGAUUCGGAUAGCGUACGAGAAGAAAUGUAUGCAGCUUAGGAACCAAGACGUUAAAGGAGAGGAUCCUUGUGUGUUGGACAAAACGAGGGCAUCCAUUAGAGAAUUGGAUACACAGAUUAAGGUUUCGAUUCAUUCGGUGGAAGUUAUAUCCAAGAGGAUAGAGACUCUGCGGGAUGAAGAGUUGCAGCCUCAGCUUUUGGAGCUAGCACAAGGGUUAGCAACGAUGUGGAAGGUGAUGGCAGAGUGCCACCACUCUCAGAAACAAACACUCGACACGGCCAAGCUCUUAGUAGCAUCAGCACCAUCGAAGCUCGAAGCGAGAAGGCGGGCUUCCAUCUCGAUGACCGACCCUCAACGCCUAUCUCGAUCAGCCGCCGCCAUGGAAACAGAGCUCAGGAACUGGAGGUCAUCUUUCCAGACGUGGAUCGCCUCUCAGCGAUCCUACAUCCAGUCCCUCGCCGGCUGGCUCCUCCGCUGCGUUCGUCUCGACCCCGCCGAAAUCUCGAAGCUACCCUUCUCCCCGCGUCGAUCAAGCAGCACGGCUUCUUUCCCCUUGUUCGGACUCUGCAUUGGAUGGUCCAAGUUCCUGGAUGCCGUGCAGGAGAAGGCAGUGCUCGACGGGAUGGAGACCGCCGCGGAUUGGAUGGGUUCGAUUCGCGAUCAGCAGGUUCUGCGAGAUGACUCGACUUCUUCUCCUGUGGGUUCGAGGAGAUAUAAUAACAACAAUGGAGGAAUGGAGAUGGUGGAAGUUGGUAAGGAGGUGGAAGAAGUGAUGACAGUGGAGAAAAUGGCUGAGAUUGGUAUGAGGGUGCUCUGUGCUGGGAUGUCGGUCACUAUCAGCUCGUUAACCGAGUUUGGCAAUGGUGCGGCGGAGGGAUAUGCUCAGCUUUUCAAGCAAUGGGAGAAUGGGGAAGAAGCGCCGCCGCCGCGGGAGAAGUAGAGUUAGCUCGGUAGAGGAAAGGAAUGUAAUUUGUGAUCUAUGUGUUAGGUAGUUUUUCCUUCAUCUUUUAACCUUGUUUUCUUUCCUACUUAGAGUAGGUGGUUUAAUAACCCAAAAAUUUGUGAGAAGAAAGCUUUUUGCCUAUGAUCAAGUUGCUGGAAUGUGAGUAAAUCAAACCAGAUUGAUGUUUUGAUCGAAUAGGUUUGAUUGUAUUAAACUUUAAUCGAUUCGAUUUCGGUUCCAUCGGAUUCAUUUUUAAGUACAAUGAAUGGUUGUAAUGAA